UGUAAUGAUUGGUACUAAGACAACCCAUAAAUCUCGGUUAAUUCAUUCGGUUUUGUUUUUAUUUAAUUUUCCUGCACUAAUCAACAUAUUUUUCAAUUUUCAAUUUAUAACCCCAACCCCGCGAUUUUAAAUUGUUGUGUGCGUAUUAAUCAUUAUAUUUCUGAAUGGGAUAUUCGAAAUUGUGUGUUGCUGUUUUGGAUGUUAGAUCCAUUCGUGUGUUUUCAUCGGCUAUAAAAUUCUCAUAUUCAGAUACAAGAAGCAAAACCAAGCUUCUGCCAUAGUUAACUGUCUUUUAUAACUACAGUAACUAGCUUAACAAAGUUUAAGUGCUUAAUUUGUGUUACACUCUGAAGUCUGAAGAACCUUAUGUUGGUGUAGUAUACUCUCUCGUCUUGCGGAAAGUGAAAAUACAUAAUAAAGCUAUCGCAUGCCUUCCGUUGUCGUCGUCGUCCUCGUCUUUGAAAAAAAAAUAAUAAACUCCCAAGGCACAAAACAAAUAGCUUCCUAUAUAGAUUAAUUUGAGAAGCAUCCUUCCUUUCUCGCAACUCGACAUCGUACGUGUUUAUGCUUCCUUCCUUACGUUGUCGUCGUCGCGCGAUUCGUUCGUCUCAACUUAACUCAACUCAAGGAUACCACCACUUACAUUCAUCAUCACAGCUCUUGUUAUAAUAAAAUUAAAAGGAAAAAUAAAAAUACACAUUCGCACACAAAAUAAAAUAAAACGGAUUACGCAAUUAAAAAUAAAAUUAACAUCUUUUCUGUGUAUAUCCUUCGGUAUUCUCAACACUGAAACACUUAACUCAAUUAGGAUUAGAAAUAAAUGCAAAUGAAAGAAAUAUGAAAUUAGAAAUUGUUAUAAGAGUAUGAAAUAAAAUAUAACUCAAUUAAUUAAUCCUUAUUCAGUCUGGUUCAAUUAUUUGUUUUCUACGACUUGCUGUUAUAUUUUUUUGCAAGUUUAAAAACGUAUCUAAGUCAAGUUUGUCAUUAGCAAUAUUAGAAUGUACUUGCACUCUUUACCAUGACCCUUGACACGGAUUAUAGUGCAGAAGCAGUAUGCGGUAAAGUGCAUCAAAUCAAUCUUUUUCCUGAGCAAUCCGGAGAAAUGUUUUAAUUAGUUUAAAUUUAACCAAUUCGCCAUCAGGUGAAAAUUGUGUGUGAUUUAUCAAAUGAUUCUCUGUGUAUCGAAUGAUUACGAAAGAGCAUUUGUAAUGGCUUACAUUUUUAGGUUGUGAUGUUAUUUAAGUUUCGAUUGUAAUUAUUUGUUUGGAAUAUCGUUGAAAUUGUUUGUUUUUUUUUGUUGGCAAUUUGUCGUGAUUUAUGAUGAUUUCACAACGUGUGUUUGAUUGAAGUUAUACAAAUUGAUCGAAUUCACAAUAAAAUACCGGUUACAAAUUGCUAUAACUUAAUGUCAAAAUUAAUCUAUUAAAACACCAAGUUUGCAUGUGUAAAAGUGAUACAAAAUUUACUAGUGCUCAAACAAAACAAGAAAUAGUACAAAAAUAACAAAGAAAUCAAUUAAAAAUAAUGAUUAUAAGUGAUGAUAAAUAAGUGUUCGUGACUUAGAAAAGGAUAUAAAAUAAAUACAAGAAUACAGCACAUCAUAUAUCCUUUUUUUUUCAUAUUCAACAUAUUUUAACUACUGUAAGAAAAUAUAUAAUUGAUAAGUUCCCUGUGGCACGCUGUGGCAAUACGUGGAUACAUAAUUAAGGAUAUUUUCUUUAUGGAAGACGAAUCAAUUGCAGAAAAUUUAAAGAGGUUAAACACACCGUUCCCUACAAGCAGUUGGAUGGCUACUCAACCGCCCAAGCUCAAGACUCGCACAAGCAAAAAGGAAGUGACUAACAUGGCAAUUGUCCUGAAGACCCUUUUAAAUUUCUCUCAAGUGCUAUGUCGUUAGGAAAGAACAACUUUACAACUAAAGCUUGAAAGUGGAAAGUGGAACACGACGACACGAAGAUUCCACCGCAAAAACUGAUUUGGAUUUUCGAACAAAAAGAGUAGUAUGGGGCUUUGUCGACAGGAGCUUAGGUGAAGUCUAGGGUUCCGAACCUACCCACCUAGAGAAGAAACGAAUAUUUGGAUGUGUCCAGGACAACGUGUAUGUUUCUGUCCAAUUUCUUCCACAAUGUCCGCACCAUAGUCUUUUUUUAAAACAAAAAUAGAAGGAAACAAGCAUUAAGUGGAUUUCGUUGCUAUUUGCCUUAGUAUUGAAAACCGCAGGAACAAACACAUACAGACAAAAAAUUGUAAUGAAUGUCCUCUGCUGUUAAAUUGAGAAAGGCAAAAGUGGCAGCAACGUGUGUGACGACACCAGCAGCGACGCUGACGCCGAGUCAAAUAGAACAGCAGCAUCAACGAGAACUAUUGCUGCUUCGGCGAACGAAGAAAGGUGACCACGACGAAGAAGAAGAAGCCUUCAAGGGGGAUAGCUCUAACCACAGCAGAAUCCUUGUCGAGGAAGCUAAAUUGAAUUGCCCUUGGUGGCGAACCAUUCGCCAUAAUGGUUAUGGUUGUAGUUUACUUUUAUCUGCUUGCUUCACCGUAUAUUGUGAAAUGCGUUGGUGGCGGUAGCAGUAGGGGCAGCAAUAGUGUCAUGAGUGGAACUGCUAGUCUUAGCACUGGCAUUGGUUCCGGUUCAAAUAGUUUAAGUAGCAAUAAUCCAGGUGGUGGCAAUGGCGGUAGUAGUAAUAGCGGAAGCAACAGCAACAUUUCCGGUAGUGAUUUACCGGGUGGAGGAGGAGGUGGUCACAGUAGUAGCAGUAGUAGUGGCAGCAGCAGUAGCAGUGGCAGUAGUAAUCGCAACACUGGCGACAGUACACGAAGUCGAGUUAGUAAUGACCAACAAUUACCUCCCACAUUAUCGUCACGCAUUGUGCAUACUCGAAACGGAGCCAUAUCGGGAGUAAUUGUGCAGCUAGAGGGCCGCCAUUUAGAUCCGGUCGAAUCAUAUCGGGGGAUACCGUACGCUUCUCCACCCAUUGGAAAUUUACGUUUUAUGCCACCGGUAUCUGCGGCGAUGUGGUCGGGCGUUAAAAAGGCUGACAGAUUCAGCCCUGUUUGCCCGCAACGUCUUCCUGAUAUCGCCAACGAAACAGCCGCAUUGGAUCGAAUGCCAAAAGGCCGACUUGAAUAUCUAAAGCGAUUACUGCCAUAUCUAAAGAACCAAUCAGAGGAUUGCCUUUAUUUGAAUAUCUACGUACCGAUACAAGUUGGGUCCAGGGAUUCAUCUAACAGUAACAGUGGGAGCAAUAGUGGUGGCAGCAGUGGCAGCAACAGUGGUGGCAGUGGUCAAGCCAAAUAUCCAGUAUUAGUAUUUGUUCAUGGAGAAUCGUACGAGUGGAAUAGUGGAAAUCCUUAUGAUGGUUCAGUACUGGCAAGCUUUGGUCAGAUUCUCGUUGUCACAAUUAAUUAUCGUCUUGGCAUUCUUGGUUUUCUAAACGCCAAUACAGAUCGAUACUCUAAACUUCCAGCCAACUAUGGUCUAAUGGACAUCAUAGCAGCUCUGCAUUGGCUGAAAGAGAAUAUAGCAGCAUUUGGAGGGGACCCACAGAGCAUAACAAUAGCAGGACAUGGCACAGGAGCCGCCUGUGUUCACUUUCUAAUCUCAUCUAUGGCUGUACCUGAAGGAUUACUUUUCAAUCGUGCUAUCCUAAUGUCUGGUUCCGGACUAACACCAUGGUCAUUGGUUGAUAAUCCAUCAAAGUACGCAGCAAUUGUUGCGCAUCAUGUUAAUUGUUCACCCGAACUGCCACAUGCUCACCUCAUGAAGUGCCUGCGGGAUAAACCACUCGAUCAAUUAUUGUCCGUGCCAAUACGUGAACCUGAAUUCGGUUACGCAUUCGGACCUAGCAUUGAUGGUGUGGUCAUUGAUGGUGGCGAAGCAGUUGCAUCCUACGCUACAAUGGGUAGUCGUCAAGAGAAUAUUGUUCUCAUGAGGAAAACCGCCAUAAACAAGUUAUCGAGAUACGAUUUAAUGGCAGGAGUGACGCGUGCUGAAGCAUUCUUUUCAUUUAACUCUGGAGAUGUUCAAUAUGGCAUAGAAGCAGAUAGACGUUCUAAAAUUCUUAAAGCCUAUGUCCGAAAUACGUAUACCUAUCAUUUGAAUGAAAUAUUUGCAACCAUUGUAAAUGAGUAUACUGAUUGGGAACGACCAGUUCAGCAUCCAAUUAAUAUCAGAGAUGAGACAUUGGAAGCACUAAGUGAUGCUCAGGUUGUUGCACCAGCUGCACAAACGGUAGAUUUGCAUUCAGCUGACCACAGAAAUUCCUAUUUGUACGUGUUCGAUUAUCAAACCAAGUAUGGAGAUUUCCCACAGAGACAAGGAUGUAUUCACGGUGAGGAGUUGCCAUAUGUUUUUGGUGCACCCCUAGUGGGUGGAUUCCACCACUUCAGCAGAAACUAUACAAAGUCUGAAAUUGGUCUGUCGGAAAUCGUAAUGCUUUAUUGGUCGAAUUUCGUAAGAAAAGGGAAUCCAAAUGAACAAAUGGAAGGGGAUCAUGGGAGUAGACAAGAAAGAAGCAGAUACAAAACUGUUGAAUGGACUGCAUACGAAAGUGUUCACAAGAAAUAUUUAAAUUUCGAUACAAAACCGAAAUUAAAAAACCAUUAUCGAGCGCACCGAUUAUCGUUCUGGCUGAACUUAAUACCAGAUUUACAUAAGCCGGGUGGUGAUGAUGUGCCCGCAUCGCAUCAUCAGCUUGACGAUGAUGAUCCUAUUGCCGCGCAACAAGCAGAGCCAACAGUUAAACCAUUAAAUCCCCCCCUGGGUGGUCGAACACAAUCAAACUACACCAUAUUCACGUCCCAAGUAUUCUCUUUACUCAAUUUAUCAUCGCCGUCGUCCUCGUUGCACCAUAACAAUAGCUCCAGCAGUCGGUACAACCAAAAAGUUCCUCACUCAUUGGAUCCAAUGGAUUUGAUGGACGAAGGCGGAGGCCCUGGUGGCCAUAGUACAACAUCCCCGCAAGAGGAUGGCUUUGCUGCUUAUAGUACGGCGCUUAGUGUGACAAUAGCGAUCGGCUGUAGUCUCCUUAUUUUGAACGUCCUUAUCUUUGCCGGUGUCUACUAUCAGAGGGACAAGACCCGAUUAAACGAACCCCGCAACCAAACGAAGAAGCGCAACGAGAAUGGUCAAAUGCCUAAUAAUAUUUGCGGUGAUUUGGAGACCCUAACAAUACACACAAAAAGCGAUCCAGGGACUAUAUUAGGCCACCACCAUCCCAUGCAGCACCAUCAGUUGCCUCCGCCAGAAUUUGCUGACAUUCCACACAGAGCGCCACCUCCGCCAAAACAUAUGAAAUCCACCCCAGAUGGGGGAGGAGGUGGCGGUGGAGGAGGAAUGAUGCCACCUUCACAUGCCUUACAAGUGAUGGGCAAUCAGUGUGGCACGUUAACAAAAAAAAGUUGCAUGAAACAGUCAGGCAUGACCAACCAAAGUAAUCAGACGAACCAAAGCAUUAUGGAUGAACUGAGAGUGUGACAUUAAUUAACCGUACGUUUUAAAUGUGAUUUGUAAUUGAUUAUUAUUUGUUAUAUAAAACACCUAUAUUAUUUUUGUAGAACUACAUUUUUAAUUUGUGUAUAUGUACAAGUUUUCGUUUUAGGUUUUAUAGACAAUUUAUGAAUAGAUUUCGAUUGUAAAUUAAUUAUAAUAUGUAUAACCUAAGAGUAGUGAGAUAAAAAACAAAAAGAAAACAUUUUUAAAAUUUUUUAGGGUGAAUAUACUGUUAGUCAAAUUAUUGUUACUUAAUACGUACUUCUUCUUGUCUAAAGUUUUAUGUAGAUCUGUGAAAUUUGUUUCCCGAAAUGUUGAGUUGUUUAAAAAAUUGUAAAUAUUAUAAUUAUUAUAGAUACGAGUGUUCGAACUUUUCAUAAUUCAGAUAAUCCGGUGUUUAGUGAAGAAAACAGUUUUAAUUUAAUUUAUAAAGUUUUUAAUUUU